AUGCGACUUUUACUAGCCGGAGUUCUAUUAUUUUCGGUAGGAAUCGUGCGAAGUGAAGAAGCAGCCGAGAAGGAGGGGGAACCGUCUGACUCCGAAGUUUUGACUGAGGCGAAUUUCGACAAAUUCAUUGUUGACAAUGAGCUCGUCCUUGUCAAGUUUUAUGCCCCAUGGUGCGGUCAUUGCAAAAAGAUGGCACCCGAUUUUGAAAGAGCCGCGAAACAACUAAAGGAAACGACAAACAUUCGACUUGGCAAAGUUGAUGCCACCGAACAUAAAAGCCUUGGUCAAACCUACGGAGUUGAGGGCUAUCCAACGCUGAUGAUUUUCCGAAAUGGAAAACGAACUCCAUACAAGGGACCACGUGAUGCUGCUGGAAUUGUCAACUUUAUGAACAAGCUCUCGGCGCCGGCUGCUCAAAAAUUGGACACUUUAAAGGAUGUCGAGAAAUUUAUGAACAAAAUGGACACAACGGUUAUUGGAUUUUUCAACAAAGAAACUGAGGCCAGCAUUUUCGUUGAGACCGCUGAAAAGCUUCGUGAUAUCUUUCAACUUGCUUACACAACGAAUGCCGAUCUUUUCAAGAAAUACGAUGCAAAGAAUGGUGAUAUCAUCAUCUUCUAUCCAUCAGUUUUCCAGUCAAAGUUUGAACCAAAGAGUCGAACUUUCAAUAAGCCGGAAUCAACCGUUGAAGAGAUCGUCACUUUCAUCAAGGAUCACUCUAGCCCACUUGUCGGAAAGCUAACAAAACAGAAUCAUGCUACAAGAUACACAAAACUCCCAUUGGUUGUCGUUUACUAUAACGCUGAUUUCUCGACUCAAUACAGAGAAGGAAGCGAGUUUUGGAGACAAAAAGUGCUUGCUGUUGCCAAUAAGUAUCAAAAAGAUAACUACAACUUUGCGGUUGCUGAUGAAGAUGAAUUCGUGCAAGAACUGGGACAGGUGGGAUUAGGCGAUUCAGGCUUGGAGCACAAUGUGGUUGCUUUUGGUUAUGAUGGAAAGAAAUAUCCAAUGCUUUCUCAAGAUUUUGAUGAUGAAUUCGAUCAAAACCUUGAGAAUUUUAUGAAGAAACUCAGUCAAGGCAAUGUGAAACCAUACGUGAAAACUCAACCAAUUCCAAAAAAUGAUAAGGGUGAUGUGAAGACUUUGGUUGGAGCCAACUUUAACAAGGUGAUUGAUGGAACGAAAGAUGCUCUCAUUGAGUUCUAUGCGCCUUGGUGUGGACACUGCAAGACAUUUGAGCCAAAAUAUGCGGAACUUGCAAAGUCUUUGAAGAGCUCGGAGCCAAAUUUGGUUCUCGCUAAGAUGGACGCCACAGCCAACGAUCCACCGGCUGAUUUUGAAGUCAAGGGUUUCCCAACGAUUUACUUCUUGCCAGCUGGUGAAAAGAAUCCCGUCCCAUAUUCGGGAAAUCGAGACUUGACCGAUUUGAAGAAAUUCAUGGCUAAGCAUGCGAAGAAAUCGUUUAAAAAGGAAGAAUUG